UUUAAUAAGUCCAGCUGACGUGACGAAUGGCUAUACGAGCCCGUAGAUUCUGCAGAAAGCUGGAAGGGAAUCAGCAGCAGCCUAGAAUCGUAUCAUUUACUGCUCUUUGAUGACAGGUUGCAUGCAGACCCCGGGGGCUCUGGGACCGACGACUCACAUACAAGCCAGCGUGUCUCCAAACAUUCUAGGACUUAACAGCAUCUCGCCCCAUGGAGCCAACGUAAGUCAGUAUGUUGUUGGGGGGCAGCCGUCCCCGAGCCUUCAACCGCAGCCAGCCCCCCUCUUCCCUCCUCCAUCCUGCCACACGCAGCAGAUCUUCACCAUCACGCAACAGUGCUCUCCCGUCACAAUAUACAGCACCUCUUAUGGAACACACACCCACUUUUCUCAGCCCCGCCUGGCUCCCCAUACAGCCCAAGAGCUGCACGCCAAGCACUACCCCAAGCCAAUCUAUUCUUACAGCUGCCUGAUUGCCAUGGCCUUGAAGAACAGCAAAACGGGCAGCCUCCCCGUGAGUGAGAUCUACGGCUUCAUGAAGGAGCACUUCCCCUAUUUCAAGACAGCCCCCGACGGCUGGAAGAAUUCUGUGCGGCACAACCUGUCCCUGAACAAGUGCUUUGAGAAAGUGGAGAACAAGACCAGCAGCACCUCGCGCAAAGGCUGCCUGUGGGCCCUCAACCCUGCCAGGAUCGACAAGAUGGAGGAGGAAAUGCAGAAGUGGAAGCGGAAAGACCUCGCUGCCAUCCACAGAAGCAUGGCAAAUCCAGAGGAACUGGACAAGCUGAUCACCGACCGCCCCGCUGGCUGCAGGAGGCCCAGCAAGCCGGCGGAGGCCGCCGAAGCGUCCGUGUGUGGCCACGGGGCAGCGGCCACUCAAGGCCACCCCCUGCAGCUGCAGCCCCAGCCAAUGGGGACUCUUUCCCUGCAGUCCGUCCGGCUUCACCGGCAAAUCCAGACGCAGGCGUGUUUGGCCCCAGACUCGCCGGCCCCUGCGCAGACGCCCCCUCUUCACGCCCUGCCCGGCGUCCACCACAGCCCCCUCCCUCAGCACCUGAUGAGUCGGGGCCCUGACUUCCUCAGCGUGAUGACCGACUUGAACGCAGAGGUUGAUGCCCUGGAUCCCAGCAUCAUGGACUUUGCACUACAAGGGAACCUUUGGGAGGAGAUGAAGGAGGAGAGCUUCAGCCUUGAUGCGCUGGGUGCCUUCAGCAACUCCCCCCUGGCGCUCUCCGACUGCGACCUCGCUCCUGCCAGCCUCCCGCCUGCCCCCAGCGCCGGCGACCACUCCUUUGCAGACUUGCAGGUGACAGGCCUCUACACAACCUACGCUACGCUCGAUGCCGUUUCACCCGCACAGUACCUGGGCCCUCAAGGGAACAAGCCCAUUGCGCUUCUCUGAAAGCCACGCUACACCCUGGGCUGGGCAGCCUUCUCCCGCUCUCAGACUCCCCACAAGUGAGUGCCAGGUCUUGUGGGGCCACGCCGACUGUGCAAAGACCAGGCAGGUGACACGGACAUUGUCGGCCAGCUCCGUUUUCAACCUAUCAAGUGAUGCUGAAAGGCCACGUUAUGGUCUUGAGAAGAUUAAACGAAAGCAGCCCGCACGCUUUAAAAACGAAGCCCACGUUUUAAACAUCGGGUGGGAGCGGGCCACUUUGACACAGACCUGAUUUUGCUAUCAGGUCUGCAGCCUGCUUCUCCAUCAGAACCUAGACAACAUUUCCUUUAAUUUAAUUUAUUGUGGGUUUUUGGGGGAGGGGGGCAGCAAGGAAAAAAAUAGCAGUUCUCAAAACAGCUAGAUCAAAAGGGGCUAGAAAAUUUAAAAUAACUUGAUCCAAAGGGAGAUGUGAAAUUCACACCCUCCUCCCCCAUCUGCGGUUAGUUGUCCUUCAGGCUUCUGUUGCCCUCUGAGAUGACCUCAGCACCCGCUGUCCUAUUUCUUAUCAGAAGGUAGGCUCUCAGCCUCUCGUCUUCCAUGCCCUGGGAUCAGUCCGCCCCUUCUUUUCCUGCUUUCACAACUCUGCUUGUUUUCUGAUUUUGGGGCUUUGUCCUGGUUAUGUUACUGAUUCUGCAUCCCUUACUUGUUUUCCUCCUACUCGUAAGUACUGUGAAAUUAUUCAGAGCCCUCUCGAGCUUCCCCUGCUCCUCCUCUCGAGCUCUGCUCCCCAGAUGCUCUUUGUGAGUUUUUCUUCAGAUUCACCCCUUGCUCUCGCUGAAUCUUCUACCUCCCAAAGUCAUCUUUCCAGGUCUCAGGCAUUCUAUCUGAGAGGUGAAUUUUAGUCCUAGGCAUACUAUGUCCAUCUUCCCUCCCAGGAGCUGAACACUGCAGACCAUUAACCUGGUUUAGUGCUUUGAUAGUAAAGGUUUCGGACUAUGGAAAGGAUG